AUGCUCAUUUUUGUGUCAAAUCUCCCCGUUCGUUUCCCUAUCACAAUUCCCUGCAAGUUCACGAAUCGGAGAUCGGAUACAUUUACGAUAACUCGAUACCGAGUGCUGACAACAGCUCGUUGUUUCUCGUGCAUGUCGCGACUAUACGAGGCGAUCUGGCCAGUUCUAGCAAAUAUUUAUAAGAAGCCGCGUAAUUCACUGACGAGUGCGACGACGAUUCUCUUGAUCCGUCAAGGGUCCCCGUUG